AUACACUAUACAACAUCUGUAACCAGAGAUGAUUGUUUAAUGUUGAUUUGCAGACGAAGUUUGUAAACAAUAAACAGUCCUGUGUCUUGUAGUGUACGCAAAGUGUCAGUAACCUGUAAUGGGAGGAGGAGAUUUGAACUUAAAGAAGUCAUGGCAUCCAUCUACUACAAGAAAUAUCGAGAAAGUAUGGAAAGCAGAGCAAAGACAUGAUGAGGAGCAAAAAAGAAUUAAUGAUCUGCGUCGUGAAAUAAUUGCAGAAAAGGACAAGGAAGAUAUAAAGAAAUAUGCUGAAGAUAAGGGCGUAAUUGAGAAGAAAAAUGAACAUAAACUGGAAUGGAUGUACAAGAAACCUGGAGAGUUAGUGGACAGAGAAGAGUACCUUCUUGGCAGAUCUAUUGACAAAACCUUUGAGCAAAUUCAGGAGUCUGAAAAAGCAGCAGCAUCAUCUUCAUCAGUAGUUGAUAUUAAUCUUGCUGAGAAAGCAGGUGGUGAGCAUUCUUCAUUUGCUAGUCUCCUUGCGCCUCAAGUUGAUCUAGCGAGGAAACUACAGGAGGAUCCCUUGUUUGCUAUUCGAAAGAAAGAGCUUGAAACUCGUAGCCAGAUACUAAAAAAUCCUGUGAAGCUAAAGAAGCUUCAGCAGCUGCUAAGUUCCCGUAGUUCAUCAAAACCGAAAAAAUUAAAGAAAGAAAAAAAGAAAAAGAAGAAAAGGAAGAAAAAUAGCGACAGUGAAGACAGCGAUAGUGAUAUUGAUGCUGUUCUUUUAGACAAGUACAAGAAAUUGAAAGAGAAGCUUAAAGAAACAGACCUAGCUGUAUUGAAAACUAUUUGUGUUGAUACUGAUAAAGACAAAAAACUGUCUUCCAAGCCAAAAGAUUCCAAGAAAAGAAAACAUGACAGAAGUUCAAUGGAUGAAGAAGACUAUCAUCAAAAGAAGGACAGACAUCAGGACAGGGACAGAACGGAGCAUAAUAACCCAAAGACUGAUUCAAGGAAUCAGCAUAAACCAACCUAUACAGAUAAAUACAAGGCUGACAGGAACUGGAAGAAGCCGGAAAAAAAGAAAUUAACUGAGGAAGAAAUUGAACGCAGAAGGGCAGAAAUGUUAGAUAACGCCAAAUGGAGGGAACAAGAACGGGACAAGAACAUAGCCAGAAAUAAGGCACAGGAAGAAUAUGAGAAAAAGCAGAUGAAAGAUUUUGAUAAAGAUUUUAUAAGGAAGCAACUUUCAAUUGCUGCAUCCCAAGAGACUGUUGAAGGCCGUAUUCGAUCAAAUAUGAACAACAUUCAGAGGUCUGGAAUGGCAAUGGACAAAAAUUUUGCUCGAAGAUGAUGAAUACUGUGUAAGAUGAGUCAACAGACUACUGCCUUGUGUGCAAGAGUGUGAUACAGCCAUUGUUAGUUCUUGUGUUGAGUUUUUAUUUUUAAAAUAAAAUUUAUGUUUGAUA